CGUCGAGUAUUUAUACCAGGCGGGCGCGAGGGGAAUGGUCGAUCACGCGCAAUUGCAUCUCUCCUCUUUCCCUCAGAGGUAGACAGUCAUCAUGGUGAACAUGCUCGGUCUUGCUGCGCUUUGCUCGUCCUUUGUGGGCUUGAGCAGGGCGGCUGCUCUUGGCACUGCUGAGGAGUACGCUGAUGGCAGCGUGCAUGCUAAGAUCAUGGGCAUGAAGAUGGCUGAGUGGGACGCGGAGAUGGCGUCGGGUGCCAUGGAUAGCUCCAAGUACCCGGAACUGGGCUACACUGCGUGCAAGGAUGGUUUCGCGGCUGGGGUUCCCGGAGACAAGAACAACACGUUCAAGUGCAACAAUGUUGACUUGUACCACUUCCUGCCUCACGCACAGCUCGGCAGUGUUGGUCAGGGUUCGUCUUCCUGGGGUUGGACCUCUGAAGACGGCCGUGAAUUCGUAGCCAUUGGCCAAUUUGACGGUACCGCUUUCGCCGAGAUCACGCAUGAGGGCAAACUUUCUUACCUUGGCCGUUUACCUCCGUACGACCCUGUGGGCUCCCGUUGGCGCGAAAUCCGCAUCCUGCGCGACUACGCCGUCAUUGGAUCUGAGGCCAUCAACUCGGGUGUCCAGGUCUUCGACAUGAAGAAGAUCCUGACCCUCGAUCCCGCGAACCCGCACAACUUCACCCAGGAUGACCUCACCGGCUACUGGAACGAGCUGCCCGUCGGCCGCACGCACAACAUCGUCGUCAACCAGGAGCUCAACUACGCCAUGGCGGUGGGUUCGGUCGGCGGCAACGAGACGAUCCGCGUCCGCGGUGAUCUGCCCUGCCGCGGCGGUCUCAUCUUCCUCAACAUGACCGACCCCUCCAACGUCUUCUCGCCCGGCUGCGCCGCCGGCGACGGCUACGUCCACGACGCCGAGUGCCUGGUCUACCGUGGUCCCGACAAGCGCUACUACGGCCGCGACAUCUGCUACGGCUACAACGAGGACACGCUCACCAUCUACGACGUCACCAACAAGAACGGCAACACCACAAACAUCAUCUCCAUCACGUCGUACCCCGGCGCCGAGUACGUGCACCAGGGCGUCGUCAACAACGAACAGUGGCAGGAGUACAUCUUCCUGGACGACGAGUUCGACGAGCGCGACGCCAAAGUCGGGCCCAUGACGCAGGGCCUGCCGACGACGCACAUCUUCGACAUCCGCGACCUCGAGAACCCGCACUACUCGGGCAACUUCGAGGGCAAGCGCCGCGCCAUCGACCACAACCAGUACGUCGUCGACGGCUACCUGUACCAGAGCAACUACGGCGCGGGCCUGACCGUGUACGACAUCUCGAGCAUCACCAAGGAUCCGUCGGGCGACUCGAUCUGCGAGGCGGGCUUCUUCGACAUCCACCCCGAGGACGACGAGCUGGAGGGCGGCGGCACCGUGGCGUUCCUGGGCUCGUGGAGCAGCUACGCCAACUUCGCCUCGGGCUUUAUUUUCGUGCACACGAUCGAGCGCGGCUCGUUCGUGGUCAAAAUGACAUCUAAGACGUGUCCGAAGCCCGCCGUGUGCAAGUCGGACAGCUGCCUGGUGAGCAUGCGGGCGAGCAGCAUCGAGGGCCGGCUGGAGGAGAGCAUUGGCUUCUGCGACGGGUACUUGCGCCGCGAGAACGAGGGCUUGCAGGGGAUUCCGGAUUUCGCGCGCCAGGGGUGUGGUGGUAAUAGGACGGAGCAGGUUGUGGCGCGGGUUAGUAGUGCGUGUGCGUGUGUGCCGACGGUGGCGGUGCCGGAGCUGCCGCGGACGACGAGCAGGCCGCCGGUGCCGACUGUGCUGCCGCCCAGGAGGGUGUGAUGGUUGAUGUAAUGAUCAGUGAUGACGGUCUAUGAAUGUAAAUAGUAAUGAAC